GAUUAUCUAGCUGGUAUAAAACCAAUAAAGGCCUAUUUUAGAAACUUAUUUUGUCAUGUUGUGGAUCAAUGACGAGAACCUCCGUCGUAUCAGAUUGUCAUACCAAAACCUGAAGAUGGAGAUGCGUCUCAAGGUAUUGCUGGUCGUCUUUUUCAUAUCGAGACCGGUCAGUGUGUCCAGUUGGGAAAACUCUCAGACCUGGAGAUCCGAAGAGCCCAAGAGAUAUGCCAAAGAUGGUGAUUUCGUCGGAUGCUUUUCCCAAAGCUGCCUGAUCUCCGAUUACAAUUUGCAGAGCACAGUUCACAUGACGCCAGAUCUAUGUACCAAUAGUUGCAAAGCCAGAAGGUUCCCGUAUGCAGCGGUGUUCAAUUUUACGGAAUGCUCUUGUGCAUGCGAGCUAACCUGUUCAUCACAAGACAGAGAUUGGGACCACGGGAGAUGCGGGUUGCCCUGCAAACAAGAUCAGGAUAGAUUCUGUGGCGGUUUUAUUGCUGCUGACGUCUACAAAGUGUACCUUCACAGUUCUCCGAAUAUAGAAUGUAACCGCAUUAUUCCAACUGAUCAUGAACCCGAAAAAGAUUUCGAAUACAAGGGGUGUUACGCGCAGUCGUGCAUGGAAUUUGAUUACACUUUCAAUACGACAGAUUUCGAGAAUGAUCCCUCAUCUUGCAGCGGUGCAUGUCGGGAAGGCGGAUUUCCAGUUGCGUCACUCUACAACCGAUCGUUAUGCUCUUGUUCAUGUACGCAUGCAUGCACCAACUUUGUCUUGCCCGAGGAGUACUGUGGAUUGCCAUGUCCAGGGGAUUCAUUUAAAGCUUGCGGUGGUUUUACAAGUGUUUCUGUAUACAGAGUGAAGACUGUAAACACAUCAUAUACUCCCUGUUCGAAACCAGACAGUUUACUCACCGAUAAAAGUGAGCGAAAGAGAAACGUAGCCAUCUACACGAUAGUCACUUCAAUCAUAGUGAUUGCCUUCAUCAUGCUUAUUCUUUAUGUGUGGCGAAAGAGGACCAUCAAAUCGCCUGUAUCGAAGGGUAAGAGUAGCAGGUACUCUAACUUGAAAGUACGAUAUUGGGUACAUUACCCAAAGAAGGGUAAUCGAUGCGACAUUCAGCACAACGCGGUCUCUAGGCAGGAUCAAGUGUCAACAUCUAUCUACCGUGAAUUGGAACCUACAUCAUCAGGACAAGUAGGCCAAGCGCCACCAAGCGUCGAGAGAAAUGACUUCCCUGGUGAGAUCCGUUCUGAACUGAAAUGGACUGCGGAGGGUCCCAACCAAAUAAAUUACGAAUCUGUUGAUACCUACCAGUAUCCUGAUCAUAUAAUAGACAGUGGAAGCAAUACGGAGGAUAUUGAUGGUCCACUGACAGGAAAUGAGUAUGACUACGUUGGCCUCAACUUUAAAGAUAUGCAAACGGAACACAGUCUGACUUCAGAAAAUCAGGUUCGGAAAAAUAUGUUACCUAUGGUUCCAACUUACGAUACUUCUAUGAACCAUUUAGCAUUAAUACAUAGUUCAGACCUCAAAGAGGAGAGUAAUCAUAGAGAAAGUGACAACAUUCAGAACUCUGAACAGUAUGGAGCAGUUGGAAAUCCAGUAAAUCUUUCAGAAACUCUUGAAGAUGCUACAUCAAACCUUUGUAAUGACUUUCCUAAAACCUCCAGAGAGGUUUUUUAUCAAGAACCUUGUCGUGUCGACGAAAUUGUGAAAAAUGAUAGAUCUGAAGCACCUGAAGAAAUCAUUGAGCUAAAUCAAGACGAAGCCACGUCGAACAGUCAGUUUGAUGUACGGUCAUUUCAAAAUGGCACCUCUGAUCAAACUGGCAACCAGAGUACAAAGACAGAACACGAUGGUCAUGUUUCCGAAUUUCCUUUGCAUAGCGAUAUUCACAUGUAUGACAUUCGAAUUAAAACUUCCCUCAAUCCAGAUCAAACUGUAGCACCAUGUGACAACCGCCAAUCGUCAAAGCCACUACCCAUUCAACAACUUUCUACCAACAAAAAACAUUCGGUUGAUGAUGAAAGACAAGAAUGUUCUGGAAUAGCUGCAAAGGAAUUCUGCCCAGAAGUUCAUCACGUGCAAACUCCAAUUGCAAGAGGUUCAAAAAAGAGUAUAUCUGGAUCAGGUAAACCGCCCAAGCCCCCACCGCCUCCUAAACGAGAUCGUAAAGCAACUGCAGACACCAAGGGUUCAAUGCCCGACAUAUCGCCUGAAUGCUUCUACUCUGAGGCACAUUAUGGCCUUACCUCAAUUGCAUCCCUCUUAAAACAUGAAAGACAACACGAUUCACUUGAAAGCAGUCCAGUCGUAAGCCAAUCCGGCGAGGACGGAUACCUUAUCCCUAAAUCUCCUGAGGCAGCAAUCAAGUAUUAAUCUGCGCGUAUACGUAAAAAUACCGACGAGGAAAGAGACUGCCAAAAUGACGGAAAUGAAUACGACUUCUGAACAUGCAACUAAUGUACAACACAGUCCUUGCAUCGAUCUCCACAUGGCCUGCUACCGAAAAGUGCCCCGUUUCAGGCACCCGGGCGUCGUCGAAGUGUAUGGAACAGGGGCCGUGGAACGGUUUUCAAAAUGGGGGGGCUGACCAUGCAAAAAAAUCACAAUCAUAAUUUACGUUUUUGUACACGGUUUUGGAAAAAAGUGUGGGGCCGGGGGGCUGAAGCCCCCCCCCCCCCCCAUCCGCGGCCCCUGUGGAAAAGGGGUUGCUUUUUUUAGGAUCAUUCGCCAGCCAUUUCCUCUUUGGGUAGCCUUUUUAUCACUCGUCGCAUUAUUAUUAUAGGGUCGAAAGUUUGAUCAUAAUAUAUGGAUUGCGCCAAUUAUGGGUAAAGUUGAAUUGUUUAUUCAUUAGGAAAAAACAUGAAUGAAUUACAAGUUAUUUUAAUAAGGCUCUCUUGCAUUGUGCAUUGUCAAGUUACAUGUUUUAGAUUAGAAGAAAACCCUUGUAUAAUGUUAUUUGCUUACGCCACUUACAUGACUUAGGUAUCAGAAUGAGUGAAUUUUCCUUUUCUCGCUGCUUAUGCUGACCUUUUCAUGCGUUACGCUAUUUAAUACGCAAAUUUAGUUACGCAGCUGAAGUCAUUUAAGGUGCAUUUCUGAGAUUGUUGGACAUGGGUAGAUAGUCGGCCAUAUGGAGCGAGAGAAGAACUGAAGCACGAUGUUAAUAUCGAUAUUUCCAGGGCUAAGAAGAAGAAAAAAACGUGCUGUACUUUGUGGAAUCAUGCAGGAAUUCGGUUAUUUGUAUACAGAUAGAAUAGCAUAACAUGUCAGUUUAAGAAAACUAUUAGGGAUGCCACGAAAGUAGUAGAAUUUUUCGUUUUUAACUGAUACUUUGAUAAUACCUUUUAAGUUGCUUUUCGGUCACCGCUCUUAACGAAAACCUUUUUCCAGGGAUUUGUUCUCCUACAGUAAGAUUGAUGAGAAUGGUUUUUAGCCAAAUUGUACAUGAAUAAUGUAUACCUCAUUAAACUCAAUAGGAGAGAUCGAAACCGUUUUAUGAUAAGAAAUUUAUCAAAUAGAAUGUCAAUUUGUGAGUUAUAAAUGAAAAGAAAAAUAACGUUGUUGUUUAGUCCUGUGCAUUUACCAUCUCGAGGCUUCAUAUCAGACAUCAUGAUUAGCCAUAAUAUCCGACCCAACAUCAUCCAUAAUGCACAUACCUAACAGUUUGAUUUAGCUGAAAAUACGAACUGUAACACUUGUAAGUAACACGAGACUAGAUUAAUAUCUGCAUAUUUAUAGCCUAUAUAAUUUGCAAUAUUAAUUUGUCGUAAUUAUAUCACAAUUGAUAUUUUUUAGCAUUAUUAUUAUUGUAUACUACGCUGACAUUUUGAACAUGUUGGAUCACACCAUUAUAUGUCAUAAAAAGAUAAAGCCAUUGACAUUGACAAUAAUGAUUAAUAAAGUGUAGAUGAGACUAUUAAAAAAAAACACACUGGUACUAGAGAUAGUGAUUCAAGUAUCGAUGGUCGUUUAUAUUAUUUUCCUUGUAAUUUGAAUACGUAAUAGGAAUGAAUAGGCGUGAUAAAAAGGGAAAUAAAUGGAUAUGAUUGAUUUCUGUCAUGCACUGGUCGAUAUUGUACAGAGAGACUUGAUGCACCUCACACUAAUACAAAAAUGCGUUAUUCCAAUUCGAUUUUUUUCAAGGAGGGGGGUAGGUUUUGGGGAAAAAAAUCUAAUUUUACACAUAGUGCAUCAUGAAUCUUCUUGAUGUAUCCCUGUUAUCUUAAAUAUGCAGGUGGUUGUAUGCCCAAUUAUUCAACCUCCAUUUUUAAAUUCCCAUUUGACAUUGGGUUGUUCUACGUAAGUGCGAUUGCCAAUGAAUAUGAGGCUAAAGUGAGAAUGGUAGCAGAUAAUCACGAGACAGGGGCGCCGAAAGGGGGGGGGGGGCAGGAGGGGGAGAUCACCGCUAAGGCCGGGCUUAUUUUUGUAGUAAUGAAAAGAGGGGAAAACAAGUGGGAAAAGGAACAAAAACGAGAAAGUAAACGAAAGAAUGAAGAGUAUUAAUAAGAAAGAUCUGGGUUGUGCAACUAUACAGUGCGUUUAAAAAAAAGUUUACACUAAGAAAAUAUUAAUAAUCCUGUAAAAUUACAUAUUUGUAAUAUCCUGAAGCCUUUUCCACCUUUAAACAUUGGUACAGAUCUCUUCAAGCAAAGGACGAUGUAACUGUCGAAAAAUCUUUCCGCUUGAGUGAGCACCGCUUACUUUUGAAAAGUUCGUGGAAAAGGAUUUUCGCAGAAGUCGGAAAAAGUUAUAUGAAUAAAAUUCAUGGAGAACACCUGGACUUUAGCUAGGAAGAUUGAUUUUAAGAUAUUUUUACCUCUUUAACUUGUUUCCUUGCCCAAUACACUUCAUAAAGUGUCAUUGCACCCCCACCCCUCCCCACAUGCCAAGGCUAUCAUGAUUAUAAUCUGCUUUACACUGAGCAUGAAAUUGGCUAAGGCUUGAUUUUCCUUCUGUUAAUCAUUGUCAUGCUUGGGAAAAGUGUGGAGAAACAAGUAUUACAUGAAAUAUGAAAUGUAAAUCAAUUCUAAAUGACAAAAUUUAGUGAAAAAAAUGCUGGAGAUGUCAGAAAUAGACUUUUGUUUACAUUCAGCUCUGUCUUCAGAUGCAGC